UCGAUUACGCCAGCGCAGUGCGUUCUCUCAAUACAUUUUUCUCCUCAAAUCUGAGCAAGUGCUGUCAAAAUAGUGAAGCCAUUUCGAAAGGACAAACACAAGUGAAAAGUAAAAGUGGUUUUAUCAAGUGAAGCUAGGUAAAUUUGUUUUGUGUCAGCAUUGUAACAUUACAAAUAGACUUACAUUAAUUUGUUUAAUACAGCAAAACAUGAAUAACUUGGAUAACAUGGAAAACAUGGACUACAUGGAUGCGUCUCUGGAGGCAUCUAAGCAAUCCGGGCAAUAUUAUCGCCAGAUGCAAAUGCGCUCUGCACAACUGGUGUUAGAAGAAGAAGCAGAAACCAGCCGGGCUAAUGUGCAGAUUGGUAAGUAUAAUUUUGUGAAACACUUGUUUGUGGUGAUGUGGGGUUGUGAAAGUGAUAGUGAAUGUGAAUAUAUAAUUAAUUUUGUCUUAACAUCAAGUGAUUGGAAUGUUGUGUUGUUGUUACGUUGUGAAUGUGUUUAUCAAUUUAAUCUCAGAGUGAAAUGUCCGGGUAUGUAUGGUGUUUUUUCGCAACUUUAACAAAAAAUAGUUAAGCAUUCUGAACCAAAACUAAGCGUAUCUUUAAUUGAACUGUGGUGCAGUGUGGUGUUAAAAACAAAUUUUGGAUUUAUUCUGGAUAAUCGGAACAAAAAAGCGAUUGCGUAGUACUGUCGAUAUCUCGUACGUGUCAUGGUCAUGACAUGCCCGUCAUGGGUUCAAAGCUAGAAUGGGCCGUCCUACCGUGGCAAAGAGAAAUUAUAAAAAUAUUUUGUUUUGGCUAUAAUGCAUUUUGCGUACUGAGAUAGUGUUGGAAAAGGGUAAGGAUAAAGGGUUCAAGCAUCGUAUGGACCGUCACCUUUGGCUCGAUAGUUGGCUUCAUUUCAUAGUUCAUUUAAAAAGCAUGCGUUUGUAUGAAAAACCAGAUUUUCGCAUAAAUCGCAUGGCUUGACGAGAAUAAUUUCAGAACAUUUUUGUAUGGAAAAACGUGCCAACUAAAAAGCAAAUAUUCAAUAGUUGGCAGGGAAACAAUGUUCAACCAGUGAGUGCAAACUGUUGUAGUGGGUACAGGCAGGCCUUGACCGAUAGCGGUUGUUGUGCCAAAGAAAAAAAAAAUAUAUAUAAGAUAAGGUUGAUUGUAACAAUACAAAUAUCGUCACACAGUUUAAGUGAAGAAUCACAUUUUGCAAGGAAAAACAAUGCUUAACAUUUUUUCCUCUAUGUUUAUUUUUAUGUUUAUGUGAUUGUAGUCUGUGCAUUGAUGCAAGUGUUUUGUAAAAAAUGUGCUUAUAAAUCUGUAGGUGUGCCGAUACCUUUUCGCAGAACUGACCAAUCUGUGAAUACAAAAUAACUCUUAGAUUUCAAAUCUACGAAAAGGUACAUCAGGCGUAACCAACGGCUGGAAACGUAAUUAGUAAAAUAAAAGGUUUAUAAACAUUUUAGCUACUGAACCACAACCGCAAGCAGUUGUGGAGGAUCCAUUCGAAGUGUCGAACAUUUUCGAAGCUGGUGUAGAGGGUGGCACAAUCGAUAUUUCUGGUGACGAGGAUGAUGACGAGGAUGGUCACGAGGAUGGUGAAGGUGCUAAUAAAGCAUCUAAAACCCCGGGUUUGAUUUGCACGCGCAUUCACUGGAAGAAUGUUUUAGAUAUUGGGCUUUGAAGACCAAUGCGGCUCAUUCUUCCGUUAAUUUGUUGCUUCAUAUUAUUCGUGAGCGGACAAAUUUGUUACUCCCUAAGGACGCACGGACGUUGUUGAGAACAAGCACGGCGCCCAAAACAAUAUUAAACGUCGCGGGGGGGCAGUUUUGGUAUAAUGGCCUUGGACCGUGUCUUGAAAAAGCAUUCAGGUGAGAAUAUGUUAAAAUAAUAUAGUUUUUUUUAUAUAGUAUAUAUAUAAAGUAGUUUUAUAGAUUUAUUAAGGCAUAAGGAGUCACAGCCGGUUUAGUGGUAUAUGCUCAUCAUUAGUUCAAGCCCCCUAUGGAUUGUGCAUAACCCGUCCCGUCCCCUCUCCCCUUCACCCCUAUCAAUGAUACGUGAGUCUGAUUAUCCUGCUAUGAGUUACAGAUACCCAAACCCAUUAUUGGCACAGACACGUCGGUUUGUCGGUGCUUACAGGGCCACUACGCUUUUACCGCCAAAGAAGGCAGGCACAAUAUUUCACACUUCCUCUAUCUUUAUAGUUUAACUAAUAUUUGAUAUGUGUAAUUUUUUUUUUUAUUUUAGAAAACAGAGGAUAAUACCCGGCACAAAACUACCUAUCAUUUUGAAUAUUGAUGGAGUGCCUUUGCACAAAAGUAGUCGAACGGCAUUUUGGCCAAUUUUGGCCAAAGUACACAAAAUGUCUCACAUUAAACCUAUGACGGUGGCAAUAUUUUGUGGGACAAAAAAGCCUGAUUCACUGGAGGAAUACCUUCGUCCGUUGGUAAAUGAUUUUAAUCAAAUCAUUGACAACGGAGUACUUGCUGGCGCUCCUCCCACUUUGGUGAAAAUUGAAGUUCAUGCAAUUGUGGCUGAUUCCCCAGCACGUGCAUUUCUUAAAGGUAAUGACAAAAAUGAAGCUUGUUUCACAUUGUUUUAAUACUUUGUUCCUAGGUGUGGUGUCACACGUAGGGCAUCACGGCUGCUUGAAAUGCACGGCAGUUGGAUAUUAUCAUCCAACAUCAAGAACAACGUGCUUUCCAUCAACCAGAGCUGCUCCGAGGACGGACUUAGAAUUCCGUGCGGGUGUUUAUAAGGAACACAUAAAAGAAAAAACCCCACUAUUAGAAUUGAAGAAAUACAAUAUGGUAAAACAAAUGCCGGUGAAUGAUGACCUGCAUCUUUUCUACUUAGGUAUACAACGCCGGCAUUUGCAAGGGAAGGUGUACGGAUUGUGGGGGUCGGAAAAGUGGGCUGCAGAAAUGGUUGAACAAAUUUCGUUGCAUUUGGUAAGCAUAGUUUUGCCAUCGGAGAUCCAUCGCAAACUACGCAAGUUGGACGAUUUGAAGUUUUGGAAAGGCUCUGAGUACAGUUCUUUCCUACAUUAUGCUGCUCCUGUCGUUUUGAGAGGCAGAGUUAGCGAAAAUGAAUACAACCACUAUAUGCUUUUCAAUUGCGCUACAAAAUUCCUUUGCUCAAGAACGUUUAAAAACCAAUGGACAAGCGCUGGAUAUUUGCUUGAACAAUUUGUUGCCGACUAUGAUAAAAUUUACGGGGAAGGGUACGUGAGCAGUAAUGUUCAUAAUUUGCUACAUGCUACAGAGGAAGUAAUGGACCUUGGAACUCUUUAUGAAACAUCGACAUUCGAUUUUGAAAAUGCGCUUCAAGGUAAGACACGCAUGCUAAGAAGUGGUUACAAAAAUCUGGAGCAAGUCAUAAAUCGGCUGUCCGAGUUAGACUAUUUAACUGCUCCAGAACCAAUGAAAUUUUUUUAUGACAUCGAAAUUCACGGUACUAACGUAACAGUUCUCAUGAACAAUUAUGUAUUGAAGAAAGGAAAUAGAGAUGGUUGGUUUCUUUCCACAGGACAAGAAGUUAUCCAAUAUUGUUCGGCAGCGAAGGUAUCUUCUACUGUGCGUAUUACUGGAAAAAACUGAUUGGCAGAAAGAAAGAAGCCUUCAUCUUCCCGCUUUCUUCAACAUACCUUUUCACAUUUGAAUGCAACGUAAAUGAAAUUGCUAGAACCAUGGUCGAGCUAAGUCCAUCAGAAGUGUUUUGUAAACUUGUGGCCAUUCCGUUAAAUGAAGAUGGAGACACUUUUUUUCACACCUUUAAUACACACCCUUCCCGACAUAGACAACAUUUGAACAACGGUAAGUUUUGUUUGUAAUAAAAAUAAAUAUUGUUUAUUUAGUGCGCGUCUGAUAUUAUUCAUUUCAUAAUUUUUAUUAAUUAAUUCAUAAAAAAGCCUGGCCAUAAUUGAUAAAUAAUAAUUCAAAAAUGCAACUAAUUAAUAAGAAAUAGAACAGCUUGGCCUAGUUACUUCAUAAUUGUUCAUAAAUAAAACUAUGAAAAAAAUUAAAAUAAUUAUUAUGGCCUAUUAAAAUUAAAAUAAUUAUUAAUAAAUAAUGAUGGCCUGGCCAUUAUUAGUUCAUAAGAUUUCAUAACUAAAACUAAUUAAAGUAAAAAUAACUUGUUAUGGUCUGGCCGUUUUGAAUUGCAAAAGAUCACAUUUUGUUGUUAGUAAUUAAUCUUAAAUAACUUAUUCUAAUUUAUUAUUCUAUUUAUUAUUUACAUUUUCUUUGCCAAUUUUAACAUGUGGAGCUGGUUUUCUCGCACCAGUUAAUGUGGUCCUCCGCAUGGCAUUAUGGUUUUUUUUGACAAAAAAUGUUUCUACAUCUUCAUCUUCCAGAUUGCCAAGAUCCUUGAAUAGUUCCAACACAUUAUUCAAUUCCUUCAAACUUAUCUUCUUACCUCUGCCGCUCCAAGAACACUUAGCGAAUAAUUUUUUUGAAAAAACAACAUCGAUUGCGCGAUGUAAAAUGUAAUUCGUUCUACUGUCUGCUGCUUUUCGUAAAAUAAACAUUUUUACGUUUUCUCGAAACUGUUCAUCGACUCCUAAAAGAGCAUCGAACCCUUCAAGAUCACUUUCGUUGUCCAGUGGAUGAAAAACAAAUUUAUGUACACUACUUUGCCUCGGAGGGCCAAUGGCUCCCGAUUGAACCGCAUGCUGAACAAAUUGGUACAAUGAAUUAAGGGUACGAAGUAUUAUGCGAUUGUCCACCGUUUGACUAGCAGGCGAUUCAACUGGAGCCGGGAGCGGUUCAACUGAAGACACGUCAUUAGCAUUUGGGAUAUCAUCGAUCUGCCAACUUUCUUCUAUAAUUGAUGAUACAUCAAUAUCAUCGCAACGCUCCGCUAGUGAUGAUGUCAUUGUAGACGGUAUUUUGUUUUGUGAUGAUGUUGAAAUAAUUCCUGAAUCUAUGUCUUUUUCCGAUUCAACGCCUACUAACGAGGAAUUCACUGGCGCAGGAGUUUUCCGCUCGAUGGGUACUGGAGUAAAGGGCUUCAUAUCGAAAGGCACAACAUCAAUCAGUUGCGGUGAACUGAUAUUUUUUAAUGCUGGCAGAGGAGCACACGAAUUAUAUAUGGAAGCGGCAUUUGACGAUGAAGGUUUUUUCGUUCUCUUUCCAGGUUGUAAAGCAGUUUCUGAUGGCACAAGUGCUCCAAACGACGACGGAAGCAUUGGAGGAACCAGCGAUAUUUGGGAUGUUCCAGCCGUACCAGGCACUUCACUAGAGCACGGUAGUGGUCCGUCUGCUACGAAAGGAAACGGAGACAAUGAAGGUAGAGGUGUCGUCGGUGAUGUCACUUUUCCUCCGGAUGGUUUCAAAAACUUCGACGGCACCCCCUUCGUACUUGACGACAACGGAACUAGCGGUGGGGGAAACGUUGUGCUUAUCGUUUUAAACGCACCUGCUGGCAACACACGUGCUGGUAGAAAUUUUGGCGGCAGCGUCGUCGAUGGUCCAGCCAUUCCGGAAUGCAACGGAGUUACCGGAGGACGCAGCACAAUCGACGAUAAAAUCUUUGCACUUGUCGUCGGGUGCUCACCGGUACGCGGCGAAGGAAGCGGUUUCGAUGGAUCUGCCGCCUUCGUCGGCAGCGGAGACGAAUGAGCCGGGAACGUGAAGCGUACCGUUUUAAGCGCACUUGUUGGCAACACACGUGCUGGUGGAAAUUUUGGCGGCAGCGUCGUCGAUGGGCCAGCCAUUCCGGAAUGCAACGGAGUUACCGGAGGACGCAGCACAAUCGACGAUAAAAUCUUUGCACUUGUCGUCGGGUGCUCACCGGUACGCGGCGAAGGAAGCGGUUUCGAUGGAUCUGCCGCCUUCGUCGGCAGCGGAGACGAAUGAGCCGGGAACGUGAAGCGUACCGUUUUAAGCGCACUUGCUGGCAACACACGUGCUGGUGGAAAUUUUGGCGGCAGCGUCGUCGAUUGUCCAGCCAUUCCGGAAUGCAACGGAGUUACCGGAGGACGCACCACAAUCGACGAUAAAAUCUUUGCACUUGUCUUCGGGUGCACAGCGGUAUGCGGCAAAGGAAGCGGCUCUGAUGGCUCUGCCACCCCAGCCGACAAUGGAGACAAAACAGCAGGGAUUGAUACCCUUGAUGUAGCCAUACUUGGCGGAUCCGUCAUAUAGACGAAAAAAGCCGGACGCGUGAAAUUAAAAGCCAAACUCAGUCAAAAUUCAAAACACAGCGCAGCGAAAAUGCCGCUAAACAAGAAGAGUGCCAAAAUGUGUAUGAAAAAAAAACAACCUGUUUGCGGAGAGAGAGAAAUACACUGUCCGCUU